CAAACUUUAAAACCAAAAAAGUGUUAAACAACCCAAAAAAUGACUCAUCCUCACCUUGUCGUAAAAUGACCAAAACGUGUCCUACGCCUCCCACGUGUCACUUAUUUACAUGACAAAUUUCCUUUGUUUUUCUGACACCAUCAUCAAGAAAACUGAGUAUAAUUAGGAACAACCUGGUGAAGAGGUGGGAGAGAAUAAUAGUUUUAAGCACAACAAAAGAAAAAUUAUACAAGAAAAUGGAAGCAACAUUUUUGGCAAAGAGAGCUCUGUCCAACAUCCCAAAAUUCUUGCCUCAGGGCCAUCCUGGAAACCAGUCUACCGGAAGAGUUACCAGGGCUUGCUUAUCUACUGCUUACGAACGUACAGAAGGAAGUAAUGCGUUAGUAGAAGGAGAAGAAUCAUCAGAGAUGCCUGAUACACCAAGGGAUGCCAUGAGAGAAGGCAUGUACGAAGCCAAACAUCAAUCAUUUGCCACCAGAGAAGGAAGGCCGCCAGGCGGCGCCACCAGCUUCGCGGCUGAUACUGCUAAAGAUGGAAUAAAAAAGGCGGUGGAGAUGGCAGAAAAUGUGGGAGAUACUGCUAAGGGGACCCUGGAUAGAGCUUGGAUGGCAGCUAAAGAUACUGCGCAAGGUAUAAGAGGAAGAGUGACUGAAAGUGAUGAUGAGAUUGAAGAGGAUGUAGCAGUUGAUGAGGUUAGAAAAGUUGAUCAGCUAGUUGAUACACAAGAAUAUAGGAUUAUCGAGGAAUUGAAGAAGCUAGAGGAUAAUGUAGCAGUUGAUAAUAAGGCACAUUGAGAAGCUAAAAUGUUCUUUCUCUUUUCACGUAUUAAUGUUAUUGU